CACUAACGCGCAAUCAAUUGGUCGUGUGGUGGCGUCAUCCAUAAUUAUCGUUGCUUUCUGGUUCAGUUGUGUAAAAUAGCUUGUGUUUGAAUAUUGAUAUUUAUUCAGUGUUUUACCUCUUCAACUAAGAAAAUGGGUGAUAGUGAUGAUGAAUACGAUCACAAGAGACGCGAUAAGUUCAGGGGAGAACGCGCUGAGGCAAGUUAUAGAGGUGCAGAGAGACCUGUAAGACCUAGAGAAGAUUGGCAUGAAAGGGAAUGGUCACGUCCAAGACCCAGAGACUACCCUGGACGAAUCAGGGAUCGAGGAUACUCUCCAAGUUUUGAAUCGACUGCCAAAAGGCUCAGAAAUGACUACUACAGUGACAAUUUUUACAGCCAUUAUCCCUCAUAUCAUCAGCCACAACAUAGAGAACCACCACCAACAACUGUGGAAGGCCAACAACCACCGAUGAUGUCAUUCAAAGCAUUUCUUGUGAACCAAGAUGAUAAUAUUACAGACAAUGAGGCGAUCAAAAAGUAUAAUGAUUAUAAACUGGAAUUCCAGAGACAACAGUUGAAUGAAUUCUUUCUUGCACAUAGAGAGGAUGAAUGGUUCCGUUUUAAAUAUCACCCGGAAGAUUCUGUUCGGAGGAAGGAAGAACAAAUGAAAGCUCUUAAGAAACGUGUUGAAGUAUUCUUAGAUAUAAUGAAUUCCGGGAAGUUGAGCCAAGUUAGUAUAGACAGUGCAAAUAAUGAUGAGCUUAUAAAACUGCUUGAUACAGUUGUCAUUAAAUUGGAAGGAGGUUCUGAUGAAGAUAUUUCGUUAUUGGAAGAAGAAUAUGCUGAAUUGGAGAAAAAUAAAGUGGAACAACAACAAAAAACGAAGGACGAUGUCAAUGUUAAUAAUGCUGCUAGUCAAGAGGAGGAAGGCGAAGUUGAGGAGAAACAAUCCGAAGAAAAGCUCGAAGAUGAAGUGGCUGAGACUAAGACAAAUGUUGACGAAGAUAAAGAAGGUGAGGUUACGGAAGAAUCUAAAGAACCCACUGAAGAGAAAGAAAAAUUAGAAUCCGAAUCUGAGGACAAAAUGGAAGAAGAACAGGAUGCAGAGAAAAUGGAUGUUGAAGAAACGACAAAUGAAGAAGCUAAAGCUGAAGAAAUCGCUUCAGACAUUGAGAAAACUGAGAAUGAAACGGUUGAACCAGCUAAGCCAGAAAAAGAAAAGAAACGCAAACGUUCAUUUUCUGGGAGCAGCAGCAGUUCUUCUAGCAGUAGCAGCGAUUCGGAAGACGAAAAGAUGAAACCUGAGAAAGAGGAGGAGAAACCAGAGCCGGAGAAGGAAAGCGUAGAAAAGACAGAGGAGAAACACGAUAAGCCUAAGUCUCUUCAUAAAACGACUUCGAUCUUCUUGCGUAAUCUCGCACCUACCAUCACGAGACAAGAGGUGGAAGCUAUGUGUGCGAGAUACGAUGGUUUCCUGAGAGUGGCGUUGGCGGAUCCUCAGCCAGAACGAAGAUGGCUUAGACGCGGAUGGGUAACUUUUAAAAGGGACGCCAAUAUCAAGGAGAUUUGCUGGAAUUUAAAUAACAUUCGGUUGAGAGAUUGCGAAUUGGGAGCUAUUGUGAACAGGGAUCUUAGUAGGCGGAUCAGACAAGUGAAUGGAAUCACUUCGCACAAGCAGGUGGUGCGUUCUGAUAUUCGCAUUUGUGCUAAAGUAGUGUUGCAUCUCGAUAGCAAAUCGGGUUUGUGGCCUGACGAGGAAGAUAAGGAGAAGCCAGCGCAAACUUUUGGACUGGUUUCGAACAAUCCAGUGCUUCACAAUAUCACGGACUAUCUGAUCGAAGAGGCUAGCGCGGAGGAAGAAGAGCUAUUGGGAUUGGAACCGUCCGCUGAUGCCCAAGAUGCGACGACUACCGUCGAAAGGGAUGAAAAUCUGUUAUCCGUCUUGGACCGCAUUGUUUACUACUUGCGUAUCGUUCACUCCGUAGACUAUUAUAACCAUUGCGAAUAUCCAAACGAAGAUGAGAUGCCAAACAGAUGCGGUAUUCUGCACGCUCGUGGACCACCCCCAACUGCGAAGACCGAUAUUUCGCAAUUCAUUGGUCCCCCUGUGGAAUUGAAGAUGGUGAAUUUCCUACCGGAAAAGCCGCCCAAGGAUGACGUCGUUAAGAACGAUGCGAAAUUAAUAGAGUUGUCUCUGAAGGACGUCUAUAUUGAAAUAGAUAAUUUUGUCCAGGCCAACACUAGAGAACUUUCGAAAGAUAAAUGGUUGUGUCCUCUUUCUGGUAAAAAGUUCAAGGGACCCGACUUCGUCAGAAAACACAUUUUCAAUAAACACGCUGAGAAGAUUGAGGAAGUCAAGAAAGACGUUGAAUUUUUCAACAACUAUUUGAAAGACACAAAGAGACCCAUGUUGGCGGAAACUCCCCAGCCGAAGCGGGAAGAAGCUGCAGCUUAUCCACAUCCUUCAAGCUAUUCCAGUUCUUACGGUGGAUAUGGUUACGGUGGUAUGCCAUCCAGAUAUAAUUCGUAUGCGCAGCGUCCAAGAGGUGGUGGUGGUUUCCAUCCCAGAUCUAGAGGAAACAGUGGGACCGACUACAGAACGUUGGUGCAGUACCGAGAUUUGGAUGCUCCCAGAGAACCAGAAGAGUUUAUUUAAAUAUCGAACGAAAUGAAUUGUAGUUAUAUAUAUAUAUGUUUAUUAUUAUUUUUUUUUUAAUAAUUUCAUGUUUUUAUAGUAAUUUACGUCAAUUUGAACACACAUUACAAUUUAAGUGAAUCUGUUUGUCGAUCAAGCUGUUUUGGUCAAGAGUUAUUAUUAUUUUACAUGUGGUAAAAGCGAACAAUAAAAUAGUUGUGUAUUCUA